CCAAAACACAGAGAAACAAUGGUGACGAUCAGUCUUCGAAAGGGCAACGCUCAGCUUCCGCCGGAGGUGAACCGGGUUCCCUACGUCCAAAAGCUUCCCUUCAACAUCUCCAGCGAAGAAAUGUACGAUAUAUUCGGCAAGUACGGCGCCAUUCGCCAGAUUCGCAUCGACACCAAUAAGGACACCAGAGGCACUGCCUUCGUUGUCUACGAGGACAUCUACGAUGCCAAGACAGUCGUCGAUCACCUCUCUGGCUUCAAUGUCGCCAAUCGAUACCUCAUUAUGCUCUACUAUCAACAAGCUAAGAUGAGCAAGAUGUUCGAUAAGAAGAAGAAGGAGGACAAGAUCACCAAGUUGUAGGAGAAGUAUGGCGUCUCUACUAAAGAUAAGUAGUGAUGACAAUAAAUAAACGAAACGAACAGUUGUUUUCUUUGUUUUUGUUGUGGUUUUAUUGAUCGAUCAUGUAGAGAGA